UGUGCCACCUCGAUCUGAGACAUCAACAUCAUCAGAGUCAGUAACCACACAGCACAACUCACAUUCUGAUUCCCAUACGACCGAGACCACGACACGAUGUACUACUACAAUCAGUCCAGUCCCCCACCACCCCCGCCAGAGUUACCCUCUCCGAAGGCAAUGGCGGUGCCGAGUCCUGGGUGCAAUGGGUGUGUGAUUCGAACAAUAUCCCCGCCUACCUGACCGGGGAGCAACCAUUGUCCAUCAUGGGGGCUCCCAUCCAAUGCCAUUUCACGGCAUGGAGUGUUGAGGAUUCUGGUAUCGAUCGGGUAGCAGAGCUUCUUGCUGCUGCGGACCGGUUCGCCCCGUGCAAGAACCCCGAGCGACGCUAUUGCCGUGCAGUCACAGAAGGUCCAAUCGAGUCGAGUAGGCACUUCCCCAUACCCGCGUAUCAUUUCCAUACCGACUACCGGUACCCGGAAGGGCAUGGUGACGACACCAGUCAGACUGGACGGAUUUUCCUCUACCGCCAGUCCCAGGUUCACUCGCCCACCAUCCCAGGACCCCCCAUCGGGUUUCUGAGGGAUCCGCAGGGCAAUGAGAUAUGGGAUGACAACUACAUGACCACAUCGAGCUCGGAGCAUCAAGGUUCUAAGCUCGCCGGUGGAGCGCGUUUGGUCCUCAAUUGUCGAGGGGGCCAGGAUCCGACCCGGUACCCGGUCAAGAUGCUGCGGCCUGGGAAAUGCCUGCAGAAUGCCAUCCACCUUUGGCUUCGUGACUUUGGGUACGCCAUAUCUGACUGGUGGCACUACCAGUACGAGGUUCUCAUGACCUUUGUGCUCAAACUACCCAUCGGGCCUCGAUUGGUGCAUUACGAUUAUACUAUCGGCGAUCUGGCAGACCCUUUCUUGGGUUGGGUGACUAUGCCUCGAUCCAGCGAUGCUGACGACAAAUCUCGGGCGAAACGAGCCAGGAUCAGGCACGAGUUUGGUCGUCUCUACCUGGACCUCAAACGGCAGGGAACACUUGGUGAGCCAAUGAAGUCCAAGUGGGAUGAUGAUCGAGUUCCCUGGACAGUUUAUUGGAAGCUCAAAGCGUGGGGGGUCUCGAUUCACGAUCCCGAGCACGAGAAGAGCGAAUGGGUUGAGGUCUAUGAUCCUGACUGUGAGAGUAUGUAGUAAGUAGACCCCAGACCCCACGUCGAUGCGAACGUUACGCGAAGUUCCUUUCAAGUAUGUCUACCACCUAG